GCCAUCAGAACGGCUCAUCAGGACGGUCGCGCAUGGCCGGAAAGAAGAGCAAUGCCAUGGCCGCGAAAUACCCGCGCGCUAACGCACUGGUGGGGUCGGUGCUCAACAAAUACCACAACGGCUCGGAGCGCGCCGUAGACUCGUUCGUGAUCCGCACGCUAAAGGAGCACGAGCCCAGGCUAUUGGGCAUUCAGUGUUUCCUGGAUCAGGGGCCGGCGGAGAACAGUCGACGUAUCAAGGACGAGUCCCAUGUGGCACAACACACCCCGUGUGCAUCGGGCGUGUUCGGGGUGCUCUCGGUAUGUGGAGGGCUUUUCGGGCCAGGUGCCAUCAUGCGACAAUGGGAUGCGUGCAGUGGAACGGAGGGAGAACCCGACGACAGAGAAUCGGCGAUGACCGAGUAUGUGGCGACAGUGGAUAAAAUACUCCCGGGGUGGGACGAAGCCGUGCCGAAUCAUCCUGUAGCGAGUCCAGACAGAUUCUGGGAGGAUGACGCCGCUGCAGCUCAGUGUCCGCUGUGCUCUGUCGUCUUCUCGGUGCGUGAACGUCGCCACCAUUGUCGCUUGUGCUUCUCGAUCUUCUGUGCCGGCUGCUGCAGUCACGUUUUGGAGAUCGCGUUGUGUCCUGGGGCGCCACGGCGGUCGCAACGGGUGUGUACGCCGUGUUUCCAGGCGGAAUACCGAGCUCAGCAGCUUCGUAAAGCGAGGAAGAUUAGUCGAGAAAAUCAAGAGCUAGAGCAGAGGAUUCGUGCAGUCCUCGCUACAGCUCGGCAUUCAUUUGCUGCUAAGCAGGAGGAGGAGCAGAAGCUACGGUCAUUGGCCGUCGACGCUGGCUGCGACGUACAGGCUCUAGAUGAAGCUAUUCAGAAACAACACGGUGGCUCCCCUAUCGGGUCUGCUCCAAUGGAGAUACCGAUCCCGCCAGCAGCACACCGGUUUGCGUCUGCUCACACCUCAGUGGAAGCCUCGAACCAGCUCGCAUUGGCACAUCGACAGCUAACGAUGAGCUUUAAAAUGGCCCAGUGUCGCGCACACAAAGUUCUCGACAAAAUGGACGCGACAAUCGCAGCGUUGCAAGGCGCUUUGAUCGCUCAAAGAGCGCCUAGCAACAAGUCGCCUCCCUCUGGCCACUCCGAAGACAACGGAUGGAGGGUGAUGAUUCGACACACAGAUACCUUCUUGACACCAACCGAUCGAGAGGCGCUCCAAGUUGUUUCGGAGGAUCUUUGCAGUCAGCUACGUUCCCGGAGCAGUAGUCCAGUUGACUGCACUUCUUCCGUAGAUCCGAGCAUCGCAGUGCUUUGGUUGACUGAAUGCCUGAAGGACAAUCGGACGCGAACUUUCGUUGCGGAUUUGGCUGAAGCCGUGCAAGCACUAUUGGAUGCAUCCUCGGGCUCGGAUACUGAAGACUCGGACGCGAACGAAGCACCGGUUGUUCCAUCGGUCCCAUCGUCGAUGGAACUGGAGAAGGCGUACGAGCUAAUUCGCUCUCAGUGCGAGACAGGCCCAGCGUCGGAAUGGGACGAACAGAUCCGUCUGGAUGUAACUCGAACCUUUGGCAUUUCAGCUCGCCGGCAGCAUCGCAAGAGCGUAGAUCCAAAGUCGCGUACUGUAUGCAACUCAGCUGGGAUCGCUAUCCCUGUGGAGAAACGACGAUCUGCUCUUGAAAAUGUUCUUCGAGCUUGCGCGAGUGUGGACACAGAGGUGGGGUACUGCCAAGGCAUGGAUCAUGUUGCAGCGCUAGUACUUGCUGUGAGCGACUGGAACGAGGCACGCGCCUUCUGGUUACUCGUCAGCAUACUGGCAUCACCACGAUUCGAACUCGAGAGGCUCUAUGGACCGGGACUGCCCCACCUCAGUCGGCGUUGCUUUCAGUUGGAUCGUCUUCUAGGAAUUCAUCUUCGCCCGCUAUGUGAACACUUUCACACUAUCGACUUUCCCAUCAGUAUCGUCGCCACGGGGUGGUUUAUGACGCUCUUCACGAACAUGGAAGCACUCUCGUACCAUGUGGUGGUGCAGGUCUUCGAGGGCUUUAUUUUCAAGGGGUGGAAGCAGCUUUUUCAAACAGCCCUUGCCAUCCUACAAGACCUUCAAGGUCCCAUACUCGCCAGCAGCUUUGACGAGAUUCCUCGACUCUUCUUUGACAUUCAGGACCUCGGCUUAUGGACGCGGAGUACGUCCUCGCGCAAUCAGCAAAGUUCGAGGUGUCUGAUCGCCUGCUGA